CAACUUGGUGGUUGCUGAUGGUGAUAGAGGAAUCGUCAUAUAAGUUUUUGUUUACAGAGGAAUGUUUAUUUAAAACAUUUUCUUCCAUCUUUAAACAGUGCAGGAAUUCAUUUUUUUAAAUUUCAAGAAUGUCAGAGCAGCAAGCAUCUACAUCAGAAGAAGUUGAUUUGGUUAAUAGAGAUCCAAAUAGCAUAAACGCCCAUUUAGGGUCACUUUGGUUCAAUGAUGUGAUAGCCGAACCUGAUGGAAUUCACAGUAUUGACUGCGUCUGGAAACUUUCAUCGAAAUGUUUCGAAUUAUGGAAGAAACUGUGUUACAUCAUCAUGACCACAUGUUGUGGCAUGUGUAUUGCAGCUGAAUGGGGAUGUGAAUUUGCCUAUAUUGCUUUCUACCAUAUUUGGUUCAUAACACCAUGUAUGAAAGUUCUUGAAAUCAAUUGUGGUGUUUGCCAGAAGAUAUACGCUUUGUGUAUAAACUGUUGUAUGUAUCCACUGUGUGAGGCGUGCGGAGCAAUAUUCAAUGCAUUCAAGAAAUGAGACUUAAUUUCGAUAAACUUUUGAUAAACAGUAACUAUAUACCAAUUUCUAUCUCUAUGAUCGAGUGUGACAUCAGUAUUACUAUGUGCCAUAUAUAAGUAUUCGAAUUUUGAAACCUCAUUCUUUUCAGCACUGCUCAAUGAUUUUCUAACAAAGAAGACUGCGUGCCAUAUGAACAUUUUAAACAGAGAAAACAUCAAUUUUGUUACUGUUGAAAUGUAAAUACAACAUGCCCGUUUUGUUGUUAUUAUAAUUAUUUUUUCCGAUAAAAUUGUACAAUUUUCA